CGUAGGUUUCAUUUGAGUCCUUACAAGUGGUUUGAAGGAAGUAAAAAUGUUUUUCUUUCUCCUUAGAGUGGCUGCAGACAGAAGUGAAUUGAUACCCCGUACUUUGAAUUCCAAACAAGAUGAAGAUCCCCUCUUUGCUGCUGAGAUUCCCUCGUUGUUAUUUCUCUAGAACUUACUUCAUGAACUUCCACUUCACUUCCAGAGCAGAUUUCCCGUGUAUUGAAUCUCUUACACCAGUGCACCGCUGUCGUACAAAAUGGAUGUGUUCAUCAAAUGGUUUGAGGAGGGAGCUGUGUCAACAAGUGGCCCGUGACCAGCAAAUAGAGGGACUUUCUGACAGAGAACAAAGACUCGUAGACAGACUUUACAAUGGACUAAUCCAGGGUCAUAGAGCCUGUUUAGCAGAAGCCAUUACGCUUGUAGAAUCAACUCAGAGUAGGAAGAAGAAAAUAGCUCAGGUGCUCCUUCAGAAGGUAUUAUCCUACCACAGGGAACAAGAAAAGUUAAAUCAAGGAAAGCCACUUGCCUUUAGAGUGGGGUUGUCUGGUCCUCCUGGUGCUGGAAAAUCGACUUUCAUAGAAUGCUUUGGGAAAAUGCUUACAGAAAGAAAAUACAAAGUGUCUGUGUUGGCUGUAGACCCUUCCUCUAGUACAAGUGGUGGUUCUCUGUUGGGUGAUAAAACACGGAUGACUGAGUUGUCAAGAGACAUGAAUGCAUACAUCAGACCAUCUCCAACCAGAGGGACGCUGGGAGGUGUAACAAGGACCACAAAUGAAGCCAUUCUGCUGUGUGAAGGAGGAGGCUACAACGUUGUUCUUGUGGAAACAGUAGGUGUGGGACAGUCAGAAUUUGCUGUGGCUGAUAUGGUUGAUAUGUUUAUAUUACUGCUACCUCCUGCAGGUGGAGAUGAAUUACAGGGUAUCAAGCGGGGUAUAAUUGAGAUGGCAGAUCUAGUUGCUAUAAAUAAAGCUGAUGGUGAUUUAGUUGUGCCUGCACGGAGAAUACAAGCUGAAUAUGUUAGUGCUAUGAAGCUGCUUCGCAAACGUUCAAAGGUUUGGAGACCAAAGGUAAUGCGCAUCUCUGCCAAAACUGGAGAAGGUAUCUCAGAUAUGUGGGAUAAAAUGACAGAAUUUCGUGACCUCAUGCUCACAAGUGGUGAGUUGAUUGCCAAACGACGGAAACAGCAGAAAGUGUGGAUGUGGAAUCUCAUCCAAGAAAAUAUGUUGGAACAUUUCCGGAGUCACUUGGCAGUCAAGGAUAAGAUUCCACUUCUAGAAGAAAAAGUUCUUAGUGGUGUCUUGUCUCCUGGGCUGGCAGCCGACCUGCUACUGAAAGCAUUCAAAGAUGGUCUCUGAGCAUUAGAUUCUAGUCUGUUCUUGUUAAGUGCUUUAUGUAAACAUGAAUAUUAAAUACAGUUUUUCUA